UGCGUUGUGACGAUUUACGCUCAUAUUGUAUUUGACGAUGCCUUGGUGCCUGCGAAAUGCGUUCCGGGACAUUCUACGAUUAAUAGCUAUGCUCAGAGUCUACUCAACGUGCUCAACCGGCUAGUGAAGUCACCCAAUCACAGAUACACGAACAGUGGAGCGGAGACGGCGUAUGGUCAUUGCAUCGUAUGCGCUCUACCAAACGGCAGCACCUUGUAUCUGCAUCUCAAAGACAAAACUAAAGUUCGUAAUAAGAAACGAUGGAGUCAGGUCAUGUACAUGCGCUACAUAAUAUCCUCACUGCAUCCUUCUGACAUGUACAACGCGUACAUUCUGGCCGUCGACGGCGAUGUCAGCUUCCUGCCGGCUGACGUCAUUCGCUUGGCUCAGGCACUUCAGACGAAACGCGAAGUAGGCGCCAUCUGUGGCCGCAUAUAUCCAACCGGCAGCGGUUUAGUGCUGUGGUUCCAAGCGGUUGAGUAUGCGAUUUCACACUGGCUCUACAAGUCCACAGAAGCGCUAGUCGGCAACGUUCUAUGUUGCCCUGGAUGUUUCACCAUGUACCGCGCCAGUGCCCUGAAUUCUAACGACCUCCUGACUUCCUACGCUAGCAACACUAAGAACGCCAUCGACCACUUGAUGCAAGAUCAAGGAGAGGACCGAUGGCUGACUACAUUGGUACUAAAAAGCGGUUAUCAGACAAGUUAUGCGCAGAUGCACGGGCUAAUACCAUGCGCCCGAUUCCCUAGCCCGAGUUAUAAGUCGUCAAACAGUCGGAGAUGGUACCCUCUCGACAAUGUGUAA